GUGGGCGAGACCAAGGCUGGGGAGUGAUGGCGGAAGGUAAUGGCGGUGGUGACCCGGGGUCACAAAUAGAUGGUGAAAGAACAGAAGACUAUCAGAAACUAAUAAGUUAUGGCCUAAAUGAAAAAGUUGCUGCGAAACUUGACGAAAUCUACAAACAGGGCAAACUGAGGCAUGAAGCUCUCCUGGACCUCCCACAGUGGAGUCUGCACAUUAGUAGUGGACUCUUUGUCAAGUCCAGGCCAACACUGAGACAGGACCUGGACGAACGUGCGCUGGAUGCCCUGAAGGAGUUCCCCGUCGAGGGUGCAGUCACAGUUCUCAAACAGUUUCUGGAGUCGAACCUGGAGCAUGUGUCCAACAAGUCCGCCUACCUCUGUGGGGUCAUGAAGACCUAUCGCCAGAGAAAACAGUAUAACACAGACAGUAUGGCUGUCAAUCCAGGGAAAGGUCCAAAUGAAGACAACCUGAAAGCGAUUCUUGAACGCACGGGCUACACUCUAGACGUGACCACAGGCCAGCGAAAAUACGGAGGUCCUCCACCAAACUGGGAGGGUCCACCCCCUGGUCCAGGAUGUGAGGUGUUUUGUGGUAAAAUACCCAAGGAGCUGUAUGAAGAUGAGUUGAUCCCACUCUUUGAAAAAUGCGGUGAGAUCUGGGACCUGCGCCUUAUGAUGGACCCCAUGACAGGCCAAAACAGAGGCUAUGCCUUCAUCACCUUCACAACCCGUUCAGCGGCCUGUGAGGCCGUCCGGCAGCUGAAUGAAUAUGAAAUUCAGCGCGGCAAAAAAUUAGGGGUCACUAUUUCAUACAACAAUCAUCGAUUGUUCGUAGGAAAUAUCCCCAAGAACAGGGAGCGACUUGAAUUAUAUGAGGAGUUUGCAAAGCACGCACCUGGUUUAGUUGAAGUGAUAAUUUAUAGUUCUCCUGAUGACAAGAAGAAAAACAGAGGAUUCUGUUUCUUGGAGUACGAGUCCCACAAGGCUGCCUCCCUGGCCAAGCGGCGAUUAAGUUCUGGCAGGUUUAAGGUUUGGGGCUGUGAAAUCAUUGUGGACUGGGCAGACCCACAGGAGGAGCCAGAUGAAGACACCAUGUCCAAGGUUAAAGUUUUAUAUGUUAGAAAUCUUACCCAAAUGACGACAGAAGAAAUGCUAAAAGAGAAAUUUGAUGAGUUCGGGAAGGUGGAACGAGUCAAAAAGAUUAAAGAUUACGCCUUCGUCCACUUUGAGGAGAGAGACGAAGCAGUCAAGGCGAUGGGAGCCCUACAAGGGAAAGACUUGGGUGGUGCUUCAAUGGAAAUUUCAUUGGCCAAGCCACCAUCAGACAAGAAGAAGAAGGAGGAAGUUCUCCGCAACAGAGAGAAACGGCUCAUGCAGAUGCUUGCACAGAGAGGGAUGCCUGUGCCCCCAGCCAUGCUGCGUGGAGGGAGGGGAGGGGGCCGCGGGGGCGGUCGCAGUGAUUAUGAUUAUGAUUACGACUAUUAUGGUUAUGGCGAUUAUCAAGGUGGCUACAGUGACCCGUAUUACGACGACUAUUACCGUUACGAAGAUUACUAUUACGAUUACUCCCCGUAUCCCAUGGGGCGUGGUCGCACCAAAUCAGUGCCGGCUGGCCGUGGGUAUGGUGGUAUGGCGAACCGUGAAGGCGCUGUCCCUCCCGUGGGGGCGGGUAUGGUGCCCGAGGGGGCCAUGGGGGCGAUCGACCACAUGGCGAGGCAGGGGUUCAGAGGGUCCGCCAGGGGGGCAAAUCUAGCAGGUAAAAGAAAGUUGGAUGGCGGGCACCAGAACGAGGGGGACUCAAAGAGACGGUUCCAGAACACCGGUGCUAGCUGGGGGAACCAGCCUAUCCCACAGCAGCCGCUGAGCUCAUACAGUGGGGCCAACGGCAGCAAGUACGGCGGGGCAGGCGGGGACCAGCAAUGGUACCACGACAGCUAUCCACAAUCGUGGAGCUGAGGUGUAAGCGGGUGGGCCGCCAGCACCAGGUGUAGAGGGUGGGGCGGGGCACGGUGGGGCACAACUCCAAGUUAUGUGCGUUGGUUUGUCCGGGUGAGCCCGUUCGCGGGCACAGAGGGACAUUCCUGCCACUUGUAUGACUGGGAGUGGUGUCGGCGCUGCUAGCGCCUGAUGCGAGGCCCACGGAUGGUGGCCGCCCCACCAGUGCUGCGUCAGUGGGGCCUGGAGAGGGUCGGCUUCCGAUUCCCGGACGCCCUUCCGUCUGGCCGGGGUGAGGGGCCGCAGUCCACCCCGCCAGUGAGACAUGUACCUGAAAAACAUCUCCACCAUACCCAAACCCACCAGGUCAGUUGGGUAAUAAAACAUACUAAAUCUAGUAGGAGGAAGUCUCACAGGAGUGCUGCUCAAAAUUUUAUCACUGUUAACCACUAGGAUGAAACAAAAAUCAACAUAAAAUGUUUUAGCAAUUAAAUUCAAUCCAAGUGGUAAUAUGAGCAGGCUGUUUUAUUCCCGCUUACUUUGUGUUUCACAUGCAAUCUUCUUGUCUUUCAAAGAAAUUAAAAAGAGAAUAGUUCCCAUUAUAAAUCUAACAAGUCCAGCGGUUUGCCCCCCUAGUUCUGGAGACUAAUCAAUUCAACGGAAAUGGUUAGUGGAAAAUAGCCGCCCAAAUUCCUGUAUUAGUAUUCAUGUAUGCCACUGCUACAAUUACAACAACAGUACCAUUUCCUCGUUAUUCAGGUGUGUCCACCUAAAAAGAUUUUGCCUUCCUCUUCAUUGAGUAUGAUUCAAGGUCAUUCAUUAAGGGGAAAUUGCCAAUGGAAUUUUCUUGUUUAUUAUUAGCAUUUUAUAAGUAACUUGCCAAAGUCUUAUAGCAGCAUCAGAUCCUUCCAUCCGGUUGCCCCGUAUACACACUUUAUACAUAUUUUUUUCCCCAAAAGGCGGUCCUGCAUGCAGAUUUCAGUGACCACACUAUUUUCUUUUGGUAUCCCUAAAUGCUGUGUCCACUGAAUAACUCUUGAACCUUGCUAUUUGAUUUGUAGGUCUUAGUUGGCAUUAAGCAGAUGCUCAGUGCAACAUUGAUUCAGUGCUCGUAAUCAUAUUGGAAUGUUGUCAGAAACCAAUUCAAUGGAACCCAAUAAUACUAUAAGACUUAACCCAUAUAGAUACUGCAGUAUUUGUGAAUUUUAAGCAUGAUUUAUGAUGGAUUUUCUUAUGUACUAAUUAGAAUGAACCAUAUCCACUGAUUGUAGACUUGAUUGACGACUGAGGCGACUGUUACCAGAUUUGAUUGGUCCGAUAUCACACACUAUAAAACAAAAAAGCCCCCAAAAAAAGGAUAUGAUGAAAUUUGUCUGCAACUGUACAUAUCUUGAUGCUAAUGUUUUACUCAUUGCGAAGGUGACACACGCACUAUCAGUCACAGGGAAAUAGAGAUUUGGUGUGUUUGGAUGACAAGCAGUUAUCAUUUGGUGGAGAUUGGACCAACUGGCUGUGACUACUUGCGAAGACUUGAGCUGUAGAGUAUAUCGUGUGUGUGGUUCAGGGACUUGUCAUGUUUCGGAUACUUUGGGAUCUGAGAAGAAUUUUAACCCCAAUAUUUUUUUUUCUCUUCUCUCUCCCUCCUUUUUAACUUUUUUUUCAGUAUUCCAAAGUUUCCAUGGUUCCCCCCUCGCGGUGGGACUUAUUGAGGUUCCUGAAGAUGAAUUGUUGUAUUCGUAGUUAAUAAGCAUUUCUUGUGAUAAGUGAAACAGAGUUAGGUAUAUAGAUUAUUCUCUCACUCUCACUCUCAUUUUGUUCUUUUAUUCCAUUCCCUUUUGCAUUCUCUCUCUCUCUCUCUCUCUCUCUCUCUCUCUCUCUCUCUCUCUCUCUCUCUCUCCUCCUCCUCCUAAGUCUAAAGUGACAUUGGACUAUUUUAUCAUUAACUUUUUAAGUUUUACUAAAAUUUAACAGUUGGCUUUGCUCCUGAGAGCCCGCAUUCUUUUAAAAAUGUUACAAGCAGACUUGAGUUUAUUAGUAUAAGUUGUGUAGCAAAAAAUAUGUAUCACUAAACUAUUGCUGUAGUUUUCAUUAUUUUCUUUUAAUUUAAUUGGUUGUCUUGGCAUUUUAAUGGAAUUUUAUGGCUAUUAUUUUAAGGAGGAAAAUGCUUGAGUGAUUUUUUAUUUUAUUUUCCUUUUGACGACCUUGGACCAGACUUGACCCAAUACGUUCGGGAGGCGUCUCUGAGCCUCGCUCUCGUAUGCCUGUUAGGAGAUCAAGUUGAAGGGAAACUAUCGUGUAUCUUGAGAUUCACUUACUGCCAGAUGGUGUUAGUGUGGCAGAGGGUGGUGGCCAGCUGCUCGCCUCCCUCCACCGGCGGCAGCACCGCCUGGGCCACAGGGGAUAACCAAAAUGUUUGUUGUAUACUAAAAAGUUUUCAAAGUCUAUGUUAAAGAUGUAUUUCAGCUUUGAAGGGAAAACGUUAACCUAAUUCUUGUAGGUAAGGAAUUGCUGGAAUUAAAUAUGAUCAUUAUUAUAUUUUCUAAAAGAAAUGUAUAGUCAAAGAUACAAUUAUAUAUUCAAAAAGUGUAUAGUAAAUAUCCAAUAACAUAGUGAUUUAUUCUAAAGAAUCUAGUAAAUUUUUUCUCAAAUAUAUUGUUGUAGCAUUCUGGGACAGGAAGGAUUCUGACAGUGCAUGAUGCAGUGUUUUAUUAAAAGGUCUCGAGUCAUUAGUAAUUUCUAUUGAACCAAUAUUUUAAAAAAUUAACCAAUACAGUGCAUUUGUUCAGGCGGCUGUGUGUGUGGUGGUCGGCGGGCUGCCCGCCACCACCACACACCGCCCCCCCGCGCCUCGUAAUUACUAUACCCACAGUUGUGAAGCAUGGCCGUCACAGGCAUAGGUUUUGAUUACGAAAUUUGACACAUAGGUUCUCACUUCCUUUCAAUAUACCAUUUUAUUUCCAACUUAAAUGUUUCGGUUGCAACUCACGGUACCGUCAAAUACAACGUCCAUAAAGAUUUGUUAACAUAUAUGAAGAGGUGUUGGUGAUGUAUGUUCCGUGUAAGGAGGUGGUCGCCUUAGCCAAGAGGAGCGUGCAGGAAGGCAGUUGAGUUGUACCAGAUAGCCGGGUCUGUACCAGUGUUGGAAUGCAAGUAAAAGAGAUUUCCAUUA